UUGUGUUGUUAGAAAUAAUAAGUCUCAUUAGGCCUAAGUGCCUGCUGUACUGGCAUGUGCUGCUGUGGGGUGCCAUUUGUGCAUUAACCCAUAAGUGCUCAAGGCCUUGCAUAAAUCAGUCAUUUCCAAGGGAAUUCUUGCAUGUUUCACUCAAUCAGACCUCAGCUCCUGGUUUUUAAUGGCAAAGGCUUCAAAUUCUGUCCAGUUAUGGGAGAUUGUUCAGGCUUUAAUACCAUGCUCUGUCUUGAAGCAGAUCAUCCAGAUGUGUAUACAUAGAAGUUUCUGUGAAGGACACCAUGUCAUUCGCCGCACUGAGAGAUAUUGGGCCGGCCUGUCCACUGAUCUUAUUAUUGAACAGGUGCUUAUGUGCAGUGUGAAAAGUCGUGGUGGUCUUACUCAUGGACAGGGGUCCUCUGAAAGCCAACGAGCACAGUGGUUGCUGUCAAUGCCAGCUUGUUCAGAGGUCAAUCUUACUCAUGGACGGGGGUUCUCUGAAAGCCAACGAGCACAGUGGUUGCUGUCAAUGCCAGCUUGUUCAGAGGUCAAUCUUACUCAUGGACGGGGGUUCUCUGAAAGCCAACGAGCACAGUGGUUGCUGUCAAUGCCAGCUUGUUCAGAGGUCAAUCUUACUCAUGGACGGGGGUUCUCUGAAAGCCAACGAGCACAGUGGUUGCUGUCAAUGCCAGCUUGUUCAGAGGUCAAUCUUACUCAUGGACGGGGGUUCUCUGAAAGCCAACGAGCACAGUGGUUGCUGUCAAUGCCAGCUUGUUCAGAGGUCAAUCUUACUCAUGGACGGGGGUUCUCUGAAAGCCAACGAGCACAGUGGUUGCUGUCAAUGCCAGCUUGUUCAGAGGUCAAUCUUACUCAUGGACGGGGGUUCUCUGAAAGCCAACGAGCACAGUGGUUGCUGUCAAUGCCAGCUUGUUCAGAGGUCAAUCUUACUCAUGGACGGGGGUUCUCUGAAAGCCAACGAGCACAGUGGUUGCUGUCAAUGCCAGCUUGUUCAGAGGUCAAUCUUACUCAUGGACGGGGGUUCUCUGAAAGCCAACGAGCACAGUGGUUGCUGUCAAUGCCAGCUUGUUCAGAGGUCAAUCUUACUCAUGGACGGGGGUUAUCUGAAAGCCAACGAGCACAGUGGUUGCUGUCAAUGCCAGCUUGUUCAGAGGUCAAUCUUACUCAUGGACGGGGGUUCUCUGAAAGCCAACGAGCACAGUGGUUGCUGUCAAUGCCAGCUUGUUCAGAGGUCAAUCUUACUCAUGGACGGGGGUUCUCUGAAAGCCAACGAGCACAGUGGUUGCUGUCAAUGCCAGCUUGUUCAGAGGUCAAUCUUACUCAUGGACGGGGGUUCUCUGAAAGCCAACGAGCACAGUGGUUGCUGUCAAUGCCAGCUUGUUCAGAGGUCAAUCUUACUCAUGGACGGGGGUUCUCUGAAAGCCAACGAGCACAGUGGUUGCUGUCAAUGCCAGCUUGUUCAGAGGUCAAUCUUACUCAUGGACGGGGGUUAUCUGAAAGCCAACGAGCACAGUGGUUGCUGUCAAUGCCAGCUUGUUCAGAGGUCAAUCUUACUCAUGGACGGGGGUUCUCUGAAAGCCAACGAGCACAGUGGUUGCUGUCAAUGCCAGCUUGUUCAGAGGUCAAUCUUACUCAUGGACGGGGGUUCUCUGAAAGCCAACGAGCACAGUGGUUGCUGUCAAUGCCAGCUUGUUCAAUUUUGCCAUGCAGACACUAUCAGGGGUCACAUAUGUCACAAGUGAGCAGCGCAAGGAUGUAACCAAGGCACGACAAAAAAAAGAUGUUGAUGAUACUUUUGACUUGCUCAAGACACUGAAGCAG